UCCACUAUUUCGCACUCUUCCUCUCCUUCUAUUCCGAACUCUCGUCAUGGCCGGAGCUUUAAGGCAGCCCCUCCACAUAACCACUUCUGCCAAUCCUCCAUCGCAACCCUGUAAACCCAGGGCCAGGUGUAUUUCCUCCUUACCCGUCGUAUUCCAAAACGACAAAAGCCAGCAAGUACUGUUGUCGAAGCUGAGUGGAUAUUACGGCAACCGGAACCUUGUUUUGAAGUUAGCAUGCAAGGCUACCCCCGCAAAGGAUGACAUUGUGCCUGCUGCUGAUGACCCUGAAAAUGGAGUCUCUCUUGGUACCAUGAAAUUGCCUUCCAAUACUGAUCUUCCCCGGUUCGAAACCUUGUUGUUUCAGUGGGCCAACAGUCUUUGCCAAGGAACUAAUCUGCCUCUUCCGGUGCCUUUGAAGAUCGAUAAAAUAGCAGGUGGGGCUCGACUUGGUUUUAUUACAGUUGGAGAUGGAAAGACUGAAGUCCUGGUGUAUAUAGAUUGCUUAGUCUUCCCAGCAACAGAUAAUUCCGGUCCAAUCUUUCGAGCAAUAAGAAACGGACCAUUAAAAGAUCAAUCUCCCCCUGGUGAGCCAAGGAUCAUGAGAAGUCUUCUUCAAGCCCUGCAGAAGUCUGUUGAAAUUGCUAGAGUUUGAGCUAGAUUUUUGUUCAAUAUGUACCAUUAUUCUCCAUUUCCCCACCACCCCCUACUUUGCUACCUUCCUGUUUUUCUCUCUUUCCUACAUAAUUUAAACAUUCUGUUUCUAA